UAAUUUUAACAUGUUGUAAUUAUCCGACAGCAUUUUCUGAUUUAAUCCUUUACCUUUGAUGGAAUAUCGAUAAUGCCUAUCAACGAUAUCCUAGUGCAUGCAGGAUGAAAAAGUGUCGUGAAGUAUAAUUAUUGCGCGGGCGCGGGUCAAUAAUUCGCCUCGUUGCCUGGCGACGGUUUUCCUACUCUGCACCUCUGGAACAACCGGCGCGAAGUGCUCCUCUCUUCCUUCUCCAGCUGUCACUCCAGACUCCAAACAGAAGCCGAGCAGCCUUCAACACAGUGCUACCAGGAGCGAAGACGAAGAUCUUAUCUUCCAAUUUCGGCGGCUGACUCCUCACAGUGUCAUCUUCGUUCGUGAAGAGAACUAAUCAGAAUUUGGUAGCGGUGGUAUGUGGAGGGAAAAAGAUGAGCCGACGAAAAAUGCGUCUACAAGCGAUGGAUCACGUGUGAAAAAUGUUAUGAAAUUCGUAUCUGAGCAUUGGUCAUCAUUUAAUAAUAAUCUCGAAAGACUAUGUGGUUUGAAAAUAAGUGAUGUGUCGAGUUUCGAGAAAUUCACUCAGUUUCUAUAUCGCCCGACAGAUCCGGCCAGUCUGGGCAUGGCCAGGGCUUUAUUUGGUUUGUGCAUGGUGAUAGACGUCGUCGAGGAAAGAGGAUUCGCAGACGUCGACGUAAAAUGGGGAGAUCCGUGGGACUGUCACUUCCCAUUGAUCCACGGGAUGAAAGCACCUUCGCUGCCGUGGAUGAUUGUGAUAUAUACCGUGAUGUGGAUAGGUGCCUUCGGAAUCGCACUCGGUUUGUAUUUCAAGAUCGCGUGCGCCUGCUUCGUGUUACCUUACUGGUACAUCUUUCUGCUGGAAAAGAGCUAUUGGAACAACCACACCUAUCUCUACGGCAUCGUGGCCACCUUGUUCUGGGGAACGAGAGCGAACAAAUAUUUCGCGUUAGACGCAAGUAAUGCGAAACGGAAUGGGGACUCUGUGCCGUACUGGAACUACUUCAUCUUGAAAUUUCAAUUCUUCACGCUUUACUUCUUGGCCGGCUUGAAAAAGUUUGGCUGGGAAUGGCUCGAAGGAUACUCCAUGAUGAAUCUGUCCAGACACUGGGUGUUUCAUCCCUUUAAAAUAUUUUUGUCGACCGAGCAGAUCGACUUUUUAGUCGUCCAUUGGUUCGGUUUUAUCUUCGAUCUGUCCGUCGGAUUUUGGAUGCUGUUCGAGAAAACACGUAUACCGUCCAUGAUUUUUUGCACAACUUUUCAUUUUAUGAACUCGAGACUGUUUAGCAUAGGGAUGUUUCCGUAUGUGUGCCUGGCAACGAUGCCGCUCUUUUGUCGCGUAGACUGGCCACGUAGAUUAAGAUUGUACUUUAGACGAAAGCAAAAAGUUUUAUCUGUUAACACAAAUACAAUCGACGCAAGUGAGACUGAUAGUCAAGCAAAAGAACCUAUGAAGCUCAGCUGCUUAUUGCCUUCAAGUGAAAUCGCAUGUAAUGAAGCAACGCAUGAAGAGAAAACAACGAGCGAGGAAGAAAAUAAAAAUUAUAUUGUUAAAUCAGAAUCCGAAAAGGAAAUCGACGAAAAGGACAACGAUACACAAUUACUUAAGAAUUCGAUUGAGCUCGAUGAAAAAGAAACGAGUGUUUAUAAAAAGAUUCGAGUGGCUCGGCAAUCACCGAAGGCUACAAGAAAACAAAAAUAUGUGGCGUCGCUAUUGCUGUGCCACAUUGUACUGCAAUUCUUUUUGCCAUACUCGCAUUUCAUAUCGAAGGGCUACAACAAUUGGGUACCUGGCCUAUAUGGUUAUUCCUGGGACAUGAUGGUUCAUGCCUGGGAUACUAUACUUGUGGUGAUCAAAGUGCAUGAUAACGCGAACAACAAGAUACGAUAUUUAGAUCCUAACGCGUGGGUGCAAGGAGAUCGAUGGCUGAAGCACGGAGACAUGGCGUUGCAAUAUUCGCAAUGUUUAAAGGAUAAUCUGAUGCGUCGAAAGGAGGAAGCGUCGAGGAUCGAUCACCAAUCUGAGGAUAAGGAAAAGUGGAUGAAGCUAUCUACGAAUUUAAGCAUUUACAUGGACGUGUGGUGUUCGCUAAAUGGCAGAUUUCAACAGAGAAUAUUUGAUCCGAACGUCGAUAUGCUGACAGUCGACUGGCACCCAUUUAAAUCCGUUUCGUUUUUAAUGCCAUUACUCACGCAAUAUAAUUCGUAUCGGCAUAAAAUGGAUGAAAUUGAGCAGCAUGUAUUCACGUGGUCGAAUUAUACGGAUGUGUUGUUCGUGGCUGACUUUCCAGGCUUGUAUUUGGAAAACUACAUAUCCACCGAUUUCUCAAACAUUUCUUUAACGGUGCUGGAAGGUGAGGUGAUUUACAGCGAAGAAGAAUCGACAGAUGUGGUCACUGUGUCGAAGAAAAAUUCAAUUCCCGUCGAAACGGGGAAGUUCCAUCGAAUUAAAACUACGAGUUCUUAUCCAGCAUGCUAUAUGUACACUUAUACGAAUCAAACGAAACAAUUGGUUAACGAAAGAAACGAAUCUCCUUCAGCGAAAGAAAACACACCAUGGUUGUUAAAACAAAUCAAUUACAAAACUACUGCAUGGAUAAAAACGUUCGUCCAUAUAACAAAUGCCUUCUUAAACUUGGUAUAUGACGUUCCUAUGGUGCGACGAUACUGAAACCGAAGGUUCCUUGCCGCUGAAGGGGGACCGGAGGCAGGGCGUUAGUUACCUUAAUAUAUUGAGAGAGCAGCUUACGGGAAGAAAACACAAAUAUAAAUGAUGCGAGAAGGAAAUCAAUUUAAUAUGCUGCCAAUCUAAACUUGAUGGCGCAACGCAAUUCAAAUUCAAUGAAACAACAUAAAUUGAUGCUCAAGUGAACUACAUAAACAGAUACAUGCAUGCACAAAUAAACAUAAAAUGAUUCAUAUAAGAAACAAGACAAUUCGUAUAAUAAACAAGACAAACAUGGAAUUAUUAUGUCAUAGACAAUGGCAAUUAUAUCUUUAGAAUUUAGAAGAAUAAUAUAAGGUCAAAUACGAAUUAACACGCAGACUGAGUAUAUUCAAGAAAGCAACUCAGGUUUCUUAGCGGAUAAUGUUAUCGAACAGAAAAAACCCAUAAAAGGAUACCGUAAUAUUGAUAUUACACAACAACGCGGAGAAUGAAGAAUUAAGAAUUGUAGCAAGAGCAACACUAUAUAAUCAAUGUGAAUAAAUAAGGAGAACAAAUGUCCUCAGCAUUCAGACGCAAUUUAUAAACAAUAGUAAACAAAAAGUAAAAAUAAAGUUUGCUUACACGAAAAAGGAAGUUAAUUAUUUCUACACCACACAUUAUUUCAUACUUAUAGACUUUCAAUAAUACGCACGGAAAAAAAUAAUUUUGCUAUUGCAGCAAAACUGUUGCUGCUAUUUAAAUACUGCUAUAUUUGAUAAUAAGUGAUGACAAUACGAAAAUUGCUUUAUUAUACCUUAUUAAAAUUAU